AUGUCGAGAGAAGAGGACGCCAUCAAGGGCUCCGACGGAGGCGCGUCGGACAGCUCGCAGUCGAUCAUUCAAGAGAAGCAGGGAGGACGGUUCUCAAUGUCACUUGGUGGGUCUGACCGCCUCAUUGCCAACUCUGACUGUCUCGUCUGUCGGUAUCUUGACCAGACCAACCUGAAUGCCGCCUUCGUCAGUGGCAUGAAGGAGGACCUCAACAUGUACGGCCUUCAGCUCAACUAUGCCAACACCUGCUGGGUUGUUGGCUACGUGAUCGGCCAGAUUCCUGGCAACAUCAUGUUGACCCGUUUCUCGCCGCACUACGUCGUCUUCGCCCUCGAGUUCGGUUGGUCGCUCAUGACGCUUUGCACGACCUGGAUCACGAACUACCAGCAGCUUUACGCCAUCCGUUUCUUCGUCGGCCUGUUCGAGGCAGCUUACUACCCCGGUCUCCAUUACCUCAUCGGAUCGUGGUACUCGAAGAAGGAGCUCGGAAAGCGCGCCUCGCUGUUCCAGGGUGCUUGUGCUCUCGGCUCGCUGCUUUCGCUGGUUCUCCAGGGUGGCGUCCACACGACGCUAAACGGCAAGCUUGGUCGUCCGGGAUGGAGGUGGAUCUUCAUCAUCGACGCCGUCAUCAGUUUCCCCAUCGCCAUUGGAGCCUUCUGCAUGCUCCCCGACCUUCCCGAUGUUAUCAAGCCGAACUGGAUGUUCUCGCAGGAAGAGAUCGACCUCGCUCGCAAGCGUCUGGACGCUGAGGGCAGGACCGGUAUCUCCAAGGAUGCGUACACCUGGGCGGGUAUCAAGAGCAUCUUCUCUACGUGGCAUAUUUACAUCUUCACGGCGGCUUACUCACUUUACAUCUUCAUGCACACGCUGCCAACUUACGCCAACGGAACAACAGCUACCGGCCGCUGGGUUCUCUACUACCUGACGGGUAUGAUCGAGGUCGGCGCCGGUCUUAUUUACGCCUGGGCUGCCACUGUGAUUAAUACCUCGAUGCUUCUCUUCAAGCAGACCGAGCAGCCUACCGUCUUCAAGGGAAACGUCGCCACUUCCGUCGCUGCGGGAUUAUUGAACGUUUUCAUCUUCCUUAUCCUGUACCUGUCCAAGAGGGACGAGAGGCGGGCCAAGUUGGCGGGCCAGGUGACCCCUGAGGUUGCAGAGGUCAAGGCGGAAGACGUCGAGGACGUCCCCCGGCAGUAG